AUGGAAGCUGCUCUAAUGGGCGUCGGAAUCUACUCACCUCGCCUGCUCUCCCCUCCAUCAGCCAGAAACCCUCACUUCAAACCCCACGCAGCUGUAAGCGGCCGUCCCACCGCCAGCAAAUGGGCGGACCGCCUCCUAGCCGACUUCCAGUUUCUCCCUCCGACCUCGGAUUCUGUAGACGCAGCAACCUCAACGCCGCCGCCCGUCCUCCCUUCCCUGCCCGAGCGGCACGUGUCCGUGCCGUUGGACUUCUACAGGGUCCUCGGGGCCGAGCCGCAUUUUCUAGGCGACGGCAUUCGCCGGGCGUACAACUCUAGGGUUUCGACGCCGCCUCAGUAUGGGUACAGCGACGAGGCUCUGAUUAGCCGGCGCCAGAUUCUGCAAGCUGCUUGCGAGACGCUGGCUACUCCUAGCUCUCGCAGGGAGUAUAAUCAGGGACUCGCGGAUGAUGAGUUUGAUACCAUUCUCAUUCAAGUGCCUUGGGAUAAGGUUCCUGGAGCUUUGUGUGUGUUGCAAGAAGCUGGGGACACAGAACUGGUUCUCCAAAUAGGGGAAAGCUUGUUCAAAGAGAGGCUACCUAAGUCAUAUAAGCAAGACAUUGUGUUGUCUAUGGCGCUUGCUUAUGUAGAUUUGUCUAGGGAUGCAAUGGCACUAUCACCCCCUGAUAUCAUUAGAAGCUGUGAGCUGCUCGAAAUGGCUCUCAAGUUGCUACAGGAAGAAGGUGCGAGCAACCUUGCUCCCGACUUGCGCGCCCAGAUUGACGAGACCCUAGAGGAAAUCAACCCCCGCUGUGUCCUAGAGCUCCUAGCUCUACCACUUGGUGACGAUUACCAAUCAAAGAGAGGAGAGGGCCUACAAGGUUUACGGAACAUUCUCUGGGCUGUGGGAGGAGGAGGUGCAGCUGCCAUUGCUGGAGGAUUCACUCGAGAAGAUUUCAUGAAUGAGGCUUUCCUGCAUAUGACAGCUGCCGAGCAGGUUGACCUCUUUGCUGCCACACCAAGCAACAUACCUGCCGAGAGUUUCGAAGUCUAUGGGGUAGCCCUCGCUCUAGUCUCUCAAGCCUUCAUGGGCAAGAAACCCCAUCUCAUCCAGGAUGCUGACAACCUUUUCCAGCAGCUCCAGCAGACAAAGGUCACGGCCGUGGGGCCCACCGCCUACAACGUGAGACAAAACCGUGAGGUGGACUUUGCCCUCGAGAGGGGUCUCUGCUCCCUUCUUGUUGGGGAGGUUGAUGAUUGCCGUUCAUGGCUUGGACUGGACAACCAGGAUUCGCCCUAUAGAGAUCCAUCUAUCGUCAACUUUGUCUUGGAGCACUCCAAGGACGACAGGGAAGACGAUCUUCUUCUUCCCGGACUCUGCAAACUACUCGAGACGUGGUUGACUGAGGUUGUGUUCCCCAGAUUUAGAGAGACCCAGGGAGUCGAGUUCAAGCUUGGGGACUAUUAUGAUGAUCCAAAGGUGCUCAGAUACUUGGAGAGAAUAGAAGGUGCCGGGCGCUCGCCACUGGCGGCAGCAGCUGCCAUAGCAAGAAUUGGGGCUGAGGCCACGACUGCCGUGCUAGACAACGUGAAGGUUAGUGCGGUUCAGGUGCUGAGGAGGGUAUUUCCACUCGGCGGUGGUGAAAAGAAUGCAAGGGUCUAUGAGGAGAACGAAACGAAGAGUUAUGACCUAGCGACUGUGGUCCGGCUUGAUUGUGAUGAUCCUUACGUGGCUGGAGUUGAGGAGGGGAGCCGUGCUGCUGGUGGGCCCCAGCAGCAGGAGAAUAUUAAAGGGGCGACCUUGAAGAUCAUGUGUGCUGGUGUGGCUGUUGGCUUGUUGACUUUGGCGGGGUUAAAGUUUCUGCCGUUGAGAAAUGGCUCCUCCUAUGGUGGUGUACCUAAGGAUUCGGGCCCGGUAUCUGUGGCUUCUGAUGUCAUCGAUGUGGGAGGCUCGGUAGCUGAAAAUUCUGGUGAAAUACCUCGAAUGGAUGCAAGAUUCGCAGAGAACCUUGUACGCAAGUGGCAAAGUGUAAAGUCCCUAGCCCUCGGUCCUGAUCAUUCUAUUGAAAAAUUGUCAGAGGUAUUGGAUGGUCAAAUGCUGAAAAUCUGGAGUGAGAAAGCUUCUGAAGUUGCUCAGCAUGGCUGGUUUUGGGACUAUGAGCUCGUGAAUCUCAAUAUCGAUAGUGUAACAGUGUCUGUUGACGGGCGUCGUGCUGUAGUGGAAGCAACUCUCGAGGAGUCUGCCCACCUGACAGACGUGGCUCACCCCGAACAUAACGACUCAUAUAGCUCGACAUAUACAACACGGUAUGAGAUGUCCUUUGUGGAAUCGGGUUGGAAAAUUGUCGAAGGAGCUGUUCUUAAAUCGUAA